AAAGCAACACGGUGGAGCAUUGGCACACGUAGACGCCCAAAAAUUGUCUCGUGGUUGAACAUCUUACAGAAAUUCUCAUCAUCUGAUCUCGGAUUUCAUGGAAGUUGAAGACACCUGCAGCCACGCAGAUCCCAGGCUGGGCACAAGGGUUCUGCCGUGAUUCAAUCCCAGCCAGGUCAAUGUCCGACAAGCUGUUGGACAUGAAGAAACGAAACCUCCACACCUUCAAUAUCUUCACCGUUGGCAUUCGAAACAUAUCACAAUGAUCACAAGACCUGUAUUACGGGUCUAUAAAUUGUCAUCCGGGGUCAAAUGCUCGGUGACUAUUCCGAUUCGUCGAGACUUCUCGACCUCCAAGGCGCAAGCCGCCAAAAAUUGCAUCUAUGCCCCUGUACGCCGUCCUGACGAAUUCCAAUCAUACCUACUCCUCUCCACUUCUUCUCGGAUUCCUCUCCUGACAUUCUGGACGGCCAGCUAUUGCAAUACCUGCAGGGCUGUCUCCCCUAUCCUCAAUGAGCUUAUAAAAUCGGGAAUUGGCGAGGAGGAGGGUGGGGUAUCAUUCUGCGAAAUAGAAUACGACUCUCCGGAUAUCAUGAAUGAUGGUUUGGGAAUGACUUAUAUGAUCACUAGCAUGCCUACUUUGCUGAGCUUUGAUCGUGGAGAAGCACAGACUGGCACAAAAGUCACAGACCCGAAGCAGAUGAAAAACAAAGAAUGGUUGAAGGAAUGGAUACGAAACGAAGCCAGACGGCAGGGUAGCGGAGGUGCAGGUUUAGGGACAUUUGGAUUUGGAGGCUUGUUCGGGAAAUCCAAAUAGGUGCAUUUCUAGCAUUUAUUCGUUUCUCAUGUCCUCGUGAAGCCUGGCAUAACCACCUGCUGUUGAAACCGACCGCCCGCCCAAAAUACAGUAUGUUCCCUGGGAUCUACAGCUCUUCACGGGCAGUAGAACACUUCCUGCACGCCUUUCCACCAUGCUGGCUCGCCGUCGUGGCUGGAUUUUGCACCGGGAACCAUGCUUUCCUGCAUCUCAUCGGUCAUUCUCCACCAUUCUUGAACUUUUGGGUUGUCCCUCAUCUUUUCCACUGCGAAUAACGAAUCAGUAUCCACAGUAUCCACUCUUGAGAGGGUUGAAGAAAGGAAGGCAUGGAAAUAUUCUCUUGAAAACAUGAAAAAGACUCAAAAAGGCAGUAGGAAGGCUGAGAAGGUAGGUUGCUUACUAUCUCCUGCAUAAUUGUACCCAACAUAUUUGAAAGACGCAAAAAGAAUACUGGUUUCUGGGUCAUGGAAAAUAGAGU